ACCUGCGCCAUCUGCUUCGACGGGCCCGUGCAGGUCGCCAUCUUCCCCUGCGGCCACUGCUUCACCUGUACGGACUGCGCCGCGAAGAUCCGCGAGUGUUCGCAGUGCCAUGGCAAGAUCGAGAAGCGCCUGCGGGUGUAUAUCGCGGGGAGUUAA